CCAUACCCUUUUGUAACCACACUGCAUUUGCAUGCCCCCAUGACAUUACGCGAUCCCCACCAAAUAUGACUCGCACCAACAGGAGCACUAUUUAAACUUUUCAGUAUUUAUAUCAAAUAUCAAAACCACAAUAGUAAUUAUAUAUACUCUUACCAAUAUAUAUUAUAAUUAUAAUUAUAAGUAUAAGUAUAAUUUAAUUUAAUUUAAAUUUAAAUCAAUAUGGCUUCUAAUGCUCCUAAUCCUGUUGUAGAAUGGUUAAACAAAUAUCCUGAACCUGUGUCAGUGGCUAGUCGUACUGCACCACAAGAUGUUUUGAAAUUAAUUAAAGAAUCUCCUGAAUCAACUGUUAUUCUUGAUUUAAGAAAUGAAAGAGCUCCAUCUAUCCUUCAACAAUCUUUAAAUAUACCUGCUACAGGUGUAGAUGGUUAUGAACAUAUAUCAGAUGCUGUUCUUAAUAAAAUUACUGAACAUAAACCAACUGUUAAACAUAUAGUUGUUCAUUGUAAUAGAUCAAGACAAAGAGCUUCUAAAAUUGCUGGUUGGAUUCAAGAUCAUAUCAAUGAAAAUAAUGUUAAAAAUUAUGAAGUAACUAUCUUAGAUGGUGGUAUUACUGGUUGGGUUGAUUUAGAUGAACCUUAUCAGGAAGUCUUAAUUCCAUUCACUGAUUAAGUGGAUCCAAUUGAGUCAUAUUUAUUUCAUUUGUACAGCUCAUAUAAUUACAUAG